AAAGUACCAACUACAACCGAGAGAGUGUGCAACGAAAACCUGGACCAUUACGAUCCGGUGUCUUUGAGCAGAGCUACAGAGAAUGGCAUCUCUAUCGGUCCAAACGAUUUCUGGAAGCCAAGCAACCCUCCCAAUGAGACUAACCCUUAUUCAGGGUCCCACCUGUCGGUUACUUUUACUCCAAAAACUGAAGUAACGUCUGUCACCAUCUACAUGGGCAACGACAACCUCGAAGUCGUGAAGGUUGCGUUUAAAGUCAAGCCCGGUGACCGGGAGGAGCUGCUACCCUUACGGAGAUCGAAUGGCUACGACGUAUUUGACGGAGUACCUGGACAGAGGAUUGUACUUCCACCCGACACACCAUACGUUGUGGAAAUAGAAGUCUACAUACUGAACCCCCUUCAAAAUGACAGCUUCAAGGUUGUGUUCAACGGCUGUGAGCAUGUUGGCCUACCAACUAUCACUGUCCCAACUACAACCGAGAGAGUGUGCAACGAAAACCUAGACCGUUACGAACCGGUGUCUUUGAGCAGAGCUACUGAGAAUGGCAUCUCUAUCGGUCCAAACGAUUUCUGGAAGCCAAGCAACUCUCCCAGUGAGACUAACCCUUAUUCAGGGUCCCACCUGUCGGUUACUUUUACUCCAAGAACUGAAGUUACGUCUGUCACAAUCUACAAGGACAACGACAACCUCGAAGUCGUGAAGGUUGCGUUUAAGGUCACGCCCAGUGACACGGAUGAGCUGGUACCCUUACGGAGCUCGAAUGGCUACGGCGUAUUUGACGGAGUACCUGGACAGAGGAUUGCUCUUCCACCCGACACACCAUACGUUGUGGAAAUAGAAGUCUACAUACUGAACCCCCUUCAAAAUGACAGCUUCAAGGUUGUGUUCAACGGCUGUGAGCAUUUCGAAGAGGUCACGACCACACCUGAAGCAACAACUGAAACAUCAACAACUUCGCCAAUAACCACCGGACCACCUACCACAACACCUAGGCUAACCACCAUUCCAACUACAAAGUCAACCGAAGCAACAACUUCCUACACUUGCGACGUUUGUGUUUGUCGACAAGACUGUUUCGGUACAUUCUAUGACCCGGUCUGCCCCGUCAGUGUUCCUGCCUACUGCAUGGAUUGUACAUGUCCGCCGGGCACUGAGAAGAGCCAGAGUGGGGUGUACUGCGAACAUCGUGAUACAUGUCAACCAACUACAGAGGCCACGACUACAGCUGAACCAACAACUGAAACAUCAACACCUUCGCCAAUAACCUCCGGACCACCUACCACAACACCUAGGCUAACCACCAUUCCAACUACAAAGUCAACCGAAGCAACAACUUCCUCACUAACAACCGGAGUCUCAACAACAG